GGCGGAUCCCGGAGAGCGGCCGCGGGUGCCUGGAUAAGAGGACCCUGGACCUCCCGCCCCAGCUCCGCGUGCUGGUGGCCGGUGGCCGGUGGCAGGGCCAUGUUGCUAGUGCUGCUGAGCUUGGCUGCAAUGUGCAGGAGCGCCCUGCCUCGAGAGCCGACAAUUCAGUGUGGCUCUGAGACAGGGCCAUCUCCAGAGUGGAUGGUCCAACACACACUCACUCCAGGGGACUUGAGGAACCUCCAAGUGGAACUUGUCAAGACAAGUGUGGCAACAGAGGAAUUUUCAAUUUUGAUGAACAUAAGCUGGACACUCCGGGCAGACGCCAGCAUCCGCUUGUUGAAGGCCACCAAGAUCUGCGUGAGUGGCAAAAACAACAUGAAUUCAUAUAGCUGUGUGAGGUGCAACUACACAGAGGCCUUCCAAAGCCAGACCAGACCUUCCGGCGGCAAAUGGACAUUCUCCUACGUGGGUUUUCCUGUGGAGCUGAGCACACUCUAUCUCAUCAGCGCCCAUAACAUCCCCAAUGCUAAUAUGAAUGAGGACAGCCCUUCUUUGUCUGUGAACUUCACCUCGCCAGGCUGCCUAAACCAUGUAAUGAAAUAUAAAAAGCAGUGCAUUGAGGCGGGAAGCCUGUGGGACCCAAACAUCACUGCUUGUAAAAAGAAUGAGAAGAUGGUUGAAGUGAAUUUUACAACCAAUCCCCUUGGAAACAGAUACAUGGUUCUCAUUCAACGGGACACGAUAUUGGGGUUCUCUAGAGUGCUGGAGACUAAACUGACGAGGACCUCUGUAGCCAUUCCGGUGAAUGAGGAGAGCGAAGGUGCCAUGGUUCUGCUGACCCCAUAUUUACAAACCUGCAACAAUGACUGCAUCCGACGCAAAGAGACAGUUGUGCUUUGCUUAGAGACAAUUGCUCCCUUCCCUCCAGAAAACGACAGAAGCAUGCUGGGAGGCUGGCUGCCUCUCCUCCUGGUGCUGCUGGUGGCUGCGUGGGUGCUGGCAGUUGGGAUCUACCUAUUGCGGAGGCAAGGAAGGAGCACGAAGACAUCCUUUCCUAUUCCCACCAUGCUCCUGCCCCUCGUUAAGGUCCUGGUGGUUUACCCUUCUGAGAUAUGCUUCCACCACACAGUCUGUCGCUUCACUGACUUUCUUCAAAACUACUGCAGAAGUGAGGUCAUCCUUGAAAAAUGGCAGAAAAAGAAAAUCGCUGAGAUGGGGCCGGUGCAGUGGCUUACCACUCAGAAGCAAGAGGCAGAUAAAGUGGUCUUCCUUCUUCCCAGUGACGUCCCAACCCUUUGUGACAGUGCUUGUGGCCACAAUGAGGGCAGCACCAGGGAGAACUCUCAGGAUCUGUUCCCUCUUGCCUUUAACCUCUUCUGUAGCGAUUUCAGCAGCCAGACACAUCUGCACAAAUACCUGGUAGUCUAUCUUGGGGGAGCAGGCCUCAAAGGUGACUAUACUGCCCUGAGUGUCUGCCCCCAGUAUCAUUUCAUGAAGGAUGCCACAGCUUUCCACACAGAACUUCUCAAGGCUACGCAAAGCAUGACAAUGAAGAAACGGUCACAAGCCUGCCAUGGUAGCUGUUCACCCUUGUAGUCCAUCCAGGAGAAGAGAGACCGGGAAGCCUUCCAGUGACAAAUGCUUUGUGAUGACCCUGAAAUGUACUGUAGAGGCAGUGUGGAGGUAGUGCUAUGUAUAAAACUUGCUUUAAAACUGGAGUUUGCAGAGUCAGAACCUGAGCACACAUGCCUGAGGCUAGUCGUUAGCUGGCUUUACGGGGACAAUACAGUUACAGACAUUAAUGAGUGGAACUUAAAUUUGCAAAUAGACCCAAAGCUGGGUAAUGAUUAUCACUGAAAACUACGCACUCUGGCCAUAAGGUAACAAGGCAUUUCCUGGUCAGGUGUCUGUCUUGCACUGCCCGUGCUCUAUGCUGCACGUAGACUGUUUAGUCCUGUGACAUUUUAAUCUAUUAAUGAAUAAUCCAUUUGGGAGGCUCUCACUAAUGCUGUAGCUUCCUAAGGAAAAAAAAAAAACAAAACAAAAACCUAUCACACACAGCAGCUGGACACUGCCUGA